GUCCCACUCCACUAGCUUCAGCUUGACGUCACUCUUCACACCUAGUGCUUCCACCCCGUCUGCAUAUCAAUAUCAAGAGCUGCCAAGUAUCUCUAGUGCUUGUUGUUCCUUACCUCCUGUUUCUAAACUCUCCAUCUUCACAAAGAAAUGCCAGACCCAGCACAGAUCAAUCGUUCCCUAGGAACAAUUAGGACUGAGCUCGAGUACCUCGCCUCGUCUGGCGUCUUGUCUCAACCACAGCUGCAGUCUAUCCAGGCGCAACUGCCCCAACCUAAUGGGCAACCUUCGCCAUACAUCGACGCUAGAUAUGCCUCAGGCCAACAACAGUUCAACCCAUCACUAGUGGCGCAGCAAGCUCAGGACCCCCAAAACCCUGCUCACCCUGACCAUCCCAAGCAUCACGAGUGGGCAAAGAAGCUUGGCAGCAAAUUCGGCAAUGCUGCAUUAUGGGGGGCUGGAGCAACAUUUGGCUCGGACUUGGUGAAUGAUGCCAUGAACAAAAUUUAGAGGACUCGUUCCGGCGGUUCAUAAUCGGGAAAUCUCGUAUGGUUACAUAUGAAGCUCUAUGAGCUGAUUCAAAGGCAACUAAAGAGCAUCGUGUUGUCCUUGUGGAAGCCAACUCUAGCCCAAUCGAAAGUGUCUUUAUCCAAACCUAAGUAUAGGCCGUAAGUGCUUUCCGUAUGAGCUCUUGAUCUCCUCAAUGAC